UACAGUUACMUACACGUGCAAGGUAAUUCUAAAAGUUUUAAAGGUAUUUUUUAAAUUAUUGAGWWGUUUUAAAGUAGUACAAGGAUGGGACGCCAUAAAGUUGAUCCUGACAAACCGAAGAAAGGUCCAGGAAGAAAAACAAAGAAGCAACCCGAACCCAAAAUAAAAGAUUUGAUAGCUGUUAAUCAAAAGAAAGCAAGUGGUAGUAAUAAAAAGAGGAAAAUCAAAGAUGUCCAWGAUGAAGGCAAAGAAAAUAAAGUUGCUGCAUUUUUCAAGACAAAGAAACCCAAAAUUGAUAAAGCUAAUGCCAGAAAACCAAAAAAACAACCAGAUACUGAAGACUUUGGUAGUAGUGACAGUGAAAUGGAUAAUGAAGAGCCAAGUCGUAUGCUUUUUGAAGACAGUAGUGAUGAUGAAAUUGAGUUUAACAUGAAGUCUAAAUCAAAACCCUUUAGUGAUGAGAAUGCUGAGUGGUUAAAGCUGGCUAACGAGAAUGAUGAUGAUGAUGAUGAUGAAUCAGACUCUGAUAUGCCAGAAGAUGAUUUCAGUGGAGAUGACAUCAACAACAAUGAUGGUGAUGUCACAGGAGAAAGCAGUGAUGAUGAUGAUGAUGAUGAUGAUGAUGAUGGAAAAGAUGAUGAUGAAGAUGAUGAGAUGCUUCCAAUUGAAAAGAAAGCUAAGAAACUGGACAAGAAGAAGGCAAGAGAUAAGAAACUUGCUGAGGAAGAACUCAAGACAAACAUUGCAGAAACAGAGACAUUUGUUUUGCCAAGUGGACAAGAGAUUGAGAAAGAAGCCAAUGAGCCACCAGAUCUUACACUUAUUAAYCAAAGAAUAAGGGAAAACAUAGCAGCUUUGAAUAACUUCAGUAAGGCAAGAGAACCUGGCAGAUCUCGUAAGGAAUACUUGGAUCUUCUUCACAAAGAUUUAUGCAAAUACUAUGGCUAYGGUGACUUCUUGAUGGAGAAGUUUAUAGAGAUGUUUCAGCUUUCAGAGCUUUUGGAGGUUCUUGAAGCRAAUGAAGUACAUAGACCUGUAACAAUACGUACAAACUCAUUGAAGACCAGACGUCGUGAUUUAGCGCAAGCUUUAAUUAAUCGAGGUGUAAAUUUGGAUCCCAUCGGCAAAUGGUCAAAAGUUGGUCUUGUUGUUUAUGACUCUACUGUUCCCAUAGGGGCCACUCCUGAGUAUCUAGCAGGGCACUAUAUGUUACAGGGUGCCUCAUCUAUGUUACCAGUUAUGGCCUUGGCCCCUAAAGAAAAGGAGCGUGUAUUGGAUAUGUGUGCUGCACCUGGUGGGAAGACGACCUACCUUGCUGCUUUGAUGAAGAACACAGGUGUUGUGAUGGCUAAUGAUGCCAAGAAAGACAGGACAAAAGCCAUUGUAGGGAACAUUCAUAGAUUAGGUAUAACAAAUACUAUAGUUUCACAUUAUGAUGGCCGAUCAUUUCCAAAGGUGAUGGGUGGAUUUGAUAGAGUAUUAUUGGAUGCACCUUGUAGUGGGACUGGUGUGAUAUCCAAAGAUCCUUCUGUCAAAUUGAAUAAGACAGAAAAAGACAUACUAAGAUGUUCACACGUCCAAAAAGAACUCAUCCUGGCAGCUAUUGACGCAGUGGAUGCCAAGUCAUCGACAGGUGGUUUUGUUGUGUAUUCUACUUGCUCUGUUAUGGUUGAGGAGAAUGAGUGGGUCAUAGAUUAUGCUUUGAGCCGACGAUAUGUCAAAUUAGUGCCGACUGGAUUGGACUUUGGAAAAGAAGGCUUCACUAAGUUUCGAGGUCGUCAUUUUCACCCUUCGUUAAAACACACUAGACGUUUUUACCCCCAUUCCCACAAUAUGGAUGGAUUCUACGUGGCAAAACUCAAGAAAUUUUCCAAUAAAAUACCCGGCCAAGAAGCAAAAGUUUCGAAUCAGUUAAAUGAGGAAGAGGAAGAAUCCAAGGCAAAAGAAAACUCAGAAACAGCAAACAAGAAACAACAAAAAGAUAACCAAACUAAUGAUAAACAACAAAACCAGCAAAAAACUAAGAAACAAGAAMCAGAGAAURAAGAUAAGAAGCAAAAACARCACCACAAGAGCAAAGAUUCACAAAACAAACAAAAAAAGAAAUCUCCGGGAAAAUCAAAACGAACCUAAAGUAAAGGAGGAAAACCGAUGACUAAAGAAAAAUAAUCCAUUCGUAGUAAUCGUAUUUUACUGUAAAUUGGUURACAUUAUAUUUUAGUAUCAGAAAAGCCGUAACUGACGAGACCAAAGGCUUGAAAUGACUUACAGCUGAAUUAAAUAUGAACUCGAUUUUACAUCUUUGAUAAUUAUAGAAAUGAAAGAAA